AUGAGGCACGUCAUCAGUCACAACAAACAUGGCGGAUGCCUGUGCUUCCACGACUCUAGCGACAGUUUCACUGAUAUGUUUUGCAUUACUGGCAGGGUUUUACUUGACCAGUUUAAAUGCACUAUGGACACUGGUCUCCGUUACUGUUACUCUCGUGUUGGGGUCCCAGUUACUGCGGCAGUUACGGAGAAGAGAUGCGUUGACGGAGCGGCGUGUAUGUGUGCUGGUACUGGGGGAUAUCGGACGCAGCCCUCGCAUGCAGUACCAUGCCCUUUCGCUCAGCAAACACGGCUACAGCGUGACGUUUGUUGGAUUCCCUGGUAAAUGAAUAGAUUGAUUGUGUUAUAUUUAAGCAAUAAGACACGAGGAGGUGUGGUAUAUGGCCAUUAUACCACGGCUAAGGGCUGUUCUCAUGCACGAGGCAUCGCGGAGUGCCAGGACACAGCUCUUAGCCGUGGUAUAUUGGCCAUAUACCACAAACCCCCGAGGUGCCUUAUUGCUAUUAUAAACUGGUUACCAACACAAUUAGAGCAGUAAACAUAAAUGGUUUGUCAUACCCGUGGUAUACGGUGUGUUGUACCACGGCUGUCAGCCAAUCAGCAUUCAGGGCUAGAACCACCCAGUUUAUAAGUACAAAUAAACAUGGCUCUAUACUUUCAUCUGUGGCCUCCCUGCAAGCCUGGUCCCAGAUCUGUUGUCUCCUUCUAUAGUCUGGUCCCAGAUCUGUUGUCUCCUUCUAUAGCCUGGUCCCAGAUCUGUUGUCUCCUUCUAUAGCCUGGUCCCAGAUCUGUUUGUGCUCUUGCCAACUCUAGUUCUUCUGACUAUUCUUCUGAACUGUGAUUAUUGUCAGGUACCAAGCCUCAUCAGGAUGUGAUUGGAGAUGAGAGGAUCACGAUCAUCCCAAUCGCAGAAGUUAAAGGACUCCAAGGUACUGGAACUGAUCUGGGACUGAGUUUACAGCAUUUACCAUUACCGUAUAUUAAUUUAUGCCAUAUUACCAUAUUUAUGCCAUAUUACCAAAUAUUUAUUUAUGCAAUAUUACCAUAUACACUACCGGUCAAAAGUUUUAGAUCACCUACUCAUUGAAGAGUUUUUUUUCUUUAUUUUUACUAUUUUCUACGUUGUAGAAUAAUAGUGAAGACAUAAAAACUCUGAAAUAACACAUAUGGAAUCAUGUAGUAGCCAAAAAAGUGUUAAACAAAUUAAAAUAUAUUUUAUAUUUGAGAUUCUUCAAAUAGGUACCCUUUACCUUGAUGACAGCUUUGCACACUCUUGGCAUUCUCUCAACCAGCUUCACCUGGAAUGCUUUUCCAACAUUCUUGAAGGAGUUCCCACAUAUGCUGAGCACUUGUUGGCUGCUUUUCCAUCUCAAUUUUGUUGAGGUCGGGGGAUUGUGGAUGCCAGGUCAUCUGAUGCAGCACUCCAUCACUCUCCUUCUUGGUCAAAUAGCCCUUACACAGCCUGGAGGUGUGUUGGGUCAUUGUCCUGUUGAAAAACAAAUGAUUGUCCCACUAAGCCCAAACCAGAUGGGAUGAAGUAUCGCUGAAGAAUGCUGUGGUAGCCAUGCUGGCUAAGUGUGCCUUGAAUUCUAAAUAAAUCACAGACAGUGUCACCAGUAAAGCACCCCCACACCAUAACACCUCCUCCUCCAUGCUUUAUGGUGGGAAAUACACAUGCGGAGAUCAUCCGUUCACCCACACGUCUCACAAAGACACGGCGGUUGGAACCAAAAAUCUCAAAUUUGGACUCCAGACCAAAGGACACAUUUCCACCAGUCUAAUGUCCAUUGCUCGUGUUUCUUGGCCCAAGCAAGUCUCUUCUUCUUAUUGAUGUCCUUUAGUAGUGGUUUCUUUGCAGCAAUUUGACCAUGAAGGCCUGAUUCACGCAGUCUCCUCUGAACAGUUGAUGUUGAGAUGUGUCUGUUACUUGAACUCUGUGAAGCAUUUAUUUGGGCUGCAAUUUCUAAGGCUGGUAACUCUAAUGAACGUAUCCUCUGCAGCAGAGGUAACACUUGAUAUUCCAUUCCUGUGUCGGUCCUCAUGAGAGCCAGUUUCAUCAUAGCGCUUGAUGGUUUUUCGACUGCACUUGAAGAAACUUUAAAAGUUAUUGAAAUGUUCCGUAUUGACUGACCUUCAUGUCUUAAAGUAAUGAUGGACUGUCAUCUCGCUUAGCUUAUUUGAGCUGUUCUUACCAUAAUAUGAACUUGGUCUUUUACCAAAUAGGGUUAUCUUCUGUAUACCCCCCCUACCUUGUCACAACACAACUGAUUGGCUCAAACGCAUUAAGAAGGAAAGAAAUUCCACAAAUUAACUUUUAAGAAGGCACACCUGUUAAUUGAAAUGUAUUCCAGGUGACUACCUCAUGAAAUUGGUUGAGAGAAAUCCUCUGUAGCUCAGCUGGUAGAGCACGGCGCUUGUAACGCCAAGGUAGUGGGUUCGAUCCCCGGGACCACCCAUACACAAAAAUGUAUGCACGCAUGACUGUAAGUCGCUUUGGAUAAAAGCGUCUGCUAAAUGGCAUAUUAUUAUUAUUAUUAUUAUUAUUAUUAUAAUAAGAGUGUGCAAAGCUGUCAUCAAGGCAAAGGGUGGCUAUUUGAUGAAUCUCAAAUAUAAAAUAUAUUUAGAUUUGUUUAUCACUUUUUUGGUUACUUCAUGAUUCCAAAUGUGUUAUUUCAUAGUUUUGAUGUCUUCACUAUUAUUCUACAAUGUAGAACAUAGUAAAAAUAAAGAGAAACGCUGGAAUGAGUAGGUGUUCUAAAACUUUUGACUGGUACUGUAUAUUAUGGGCAGGAUAGACUCUAACAAUGAGAAUUACUAAUCACCCGUUGUAUAAUUUAAUGUUGGGCCCCGUGUAGUUCAGUUGGUAGAGCAUGGCGCUUGCAACGCCAGGGUUGUGGGUUCGAUUCCCACAGGGGGCCAGUAUGAACAAAAAAAAAUGUAUGCACUCACUAACUGUAAGUCGCUCUGGAUAAGAGCGUCUGCUAAAUGACUAACAUUUUUUUUUAAAUAACAGUAGUUAGGUCUUGAGUCUAUCCCAUAAUAUAGCCCAGGUCUGUUUCUGAGUGGCCACUACCAGAGCACUGAGACAUACUAAAAAUCCAUCUGUCUGUCUGUUUCCAGUGGGUCCUAGGAUGGUGAGCUAUGUUACCAAGGUGAUUCUCCAGUCCCUGCAGCUUCUCCUGGUGUUGUUGAAGACUGACGUCCAGUCCCAUAUUCUCAUGCAGGUAUUUCUACUACAAUACAAUAAACAUGCUGUAAACGUUCAUAAUUAUUGACUGGAAUAACUUGCAGAACAACCUGUGAACUUUCAUUUAUUCUAUUCUGUUUUAUUCGGUUCUAUAACCUGUUAUGUCAUGAGACGUCUACAGAUACUGCUGUGAUUUCCCCCCCCAAAACAACUGGUAGAAUGCUGUUUAUGUGCCUUGCUUUAGUAAAGGUUGAAUUUAAUGUUGGUUUUAAUAGUGUUUAUUAAGGACCUGACCUGACAUUAUAUUCUAUAAAUUCUGUUCUAUUCCGUUCUAUCCUACUUAUUUAUAUUAUAUUAUAUUUUUAUUCUUAUUCUAUUCUGUUCAGUUGUACUUGCCUCCUCCCCCAGAACCCUCCAGGACUGCUCAGUAUAGUGUUGACAUGGCUGGUGUGUUAUUGACCUCCUCCCCCAGAACCCUCCAGGACUGCCCGGUAUAGUGGUGACAUGGCUGGUGUGUGGUCUGAGAGGAACCAGGUUCAUCAUUGACUGGCACAACUACGGCUACACCAUCAUGGGCCUCUCACACGGCCCCGACCACCCCAUCGUCAGGCUGGCACAGUGGUCAGUAACGUCACCAUGGCUGAGUCCCAAAUGGAUCCCUGUUCCCUAUAAUCAGUUCAUUCGGAAUGUAUUCAGUCCCCAUCCCUUUUUCCAAAUUUUGUUACAUUACAGCCUUAUUCUAAAAUGGAUAAAAUAAAACAUUUUCUUCAUCAAUCUACCCACAAUACCCCAUAAUGACAAAGCAAAAACAGUUUUUUUUAAAAAAUUUUUUGCAAAUGUAUAAAACAAAAAAAAACUCUCCCGAGUGGCGCAGUGGUCUAAGGCUGUGCCACUAGAGAUCCUGGUUCGAAUCCAGGCUCUGUCGUAGCCGGCUGCGACCAGGAGACCCAUGCGACGGCGCACAAUUGGCCCAGCGUCGUCCAGGGUAGGGGAGGGAAUGGCCGGCAGGGAUGUAGCUCGGUUGGUGGAGCGUGGCGUUUGCAACGCCAGGGUUGUGGGUUCGAUUCCCACGGGGGGCCAGUAUGAAAAAAAAAUAUAUAAAAUAAAUAAAUAAUGAAUGCACUCACUAACUGUAAGUCGCUCUGGAUAAGAGCGUCUGCUAAAUGACUAAAAUGUAAAUGUAAAAUGUACAUAAGUAUUCAGACCCUUUGCUAUGAAAAAUUGAGCUCAGGUGCAUCCUGUUUCCAUUAUUCAUCCUUGAGAUGUUUCUACAACUUGAUUGGAGUCCACCUGUGCUAAAUUUAAUUGAAUGGACAUGAUUUGGAAAGGCACACACCUGUCUAUAUAAGGUCCCACAGUUGACAGUGCAUGUCAGAGCAAAAACCAAGCCAUGAGGUUGAAGGAAUUGUCCGUAGAGCUCAGAGGCAGGAUUGUGUUGAGGCACAGAUCUAGGGAAGGGUACCAAAAAAUGUCUGCAGCAUUGAAGGUCCCUAAGAACACAGUAGCCUCCAUCAUUCUUAAAUGGAAGACGUUUGGAACCACCAAGACUCUUCCUAGAGCUGUCUGCCCGGCCAAACUGAGCAAUCGGGGGAGAAGGGCCUUGGUCAGGGAGGUGACCAAGAACCCGAUGGUCACUCUGAGCUCCAGAGUUCCUCUGUGGAGAUGCGAGAACCUUCCAGAAGAACAAACAUCUCUGCAGCACUCCACCAAUCAGGCCAGACGGAAGCCACUCCUCAGUAAAAGGCACAUGACACCCGCUUGGAGUUUGCCAAAAGGAACCUAAAGACUCUCAGACCAUGAGAAACAACAUUUCCUGUCUGAUGAAACCAAGAUUCAACUUUUUGGCCUGAAUGCCAAGCGUCACGUCUGGAAGAAACCAGGCACCAUCCCUACGGUGAAGCAUGGUGGUGGCAGCAUCAUGCUGUGGGGAUGCAGCGGCAGGGACUGGGAGACUAGUCAGGAUCGAGGGAAAGAUGAACGGAGCAAAGUACAGAGAGAUCCUUGAUGAAAACCUGCUCCAGAGCGCUCAGGACCACCUUCCAACAGGACAACGAUCCUAAGCACACAGCCAAGACAAUGCAGGAGUGGCUUUGGGACAAGUCUCUGAAUGUCCUUGAGUGGCCCAGCCAGAGUCCGGACUUGAACCUGAUCGAACAUCUCUGGAAAGACCUGAAAAUAGCUGUGCAGUGACACUCCCCAUCCAACCUGACAGAGUUUGAGAGGAUCUGCAGAGAAGAAUGGUAGAAACUCCCCAAAUACAGGUGUGCCAAGCUUGUAGCGUCAUACCCAAUAAUACCUGAGGCUGUAAUCGCUGCCAAAGGUGCUUCAACAAAGUACUGAGUAAAGGGUCUGAAUACUUAUGUAAAUGUGAUAUUUCAGUUUUAUUUUAUUUUAUACAUUUGCAAAAAUGUCUACAAUACUGUCCAUCAAGAAACGCUUGAUCUUGUCCCCUGUCCUGUCUACGACCCAUGUUCUUGUCCCCUGCCCUGUCUACGACCCAUGUUAUUGUCCCCUGUCCUGUCUACGACCCAUGUUCUUGUCCCCUGCCCUGUCUACGACCCAUGUUCUUGUCCCCUGCCCUGUCUACGACCCAUGUUCUUGUCCCCUGUCCUGUCUACGACCCAUGUUCUUGUCCCCUGCCCUGUAUACGACCCAUGUUAUUGUCCCCUGCCCUGUCUACGACCCAUGUUCUUGCUCCUUGCCUUGUCUCUGGCAGGUAUGAGCGUUUGUUUGGGCGAUUCUCCAGCCAUAACCUUUGUGUCACCAACGCUAUGAAGGAAGACCUUCAGAACAACUGGAACAUCAAGUAAGGACUGUUUUACAUUCAACAUCAGUCUGUCAAUCCAUCCAUCCAUCCAUCCAUCCGUAGAUAGAUGGAUAGAUAGACGUACAGACGGACGGACAGACGGACGGACGGACGGACGGACGGACAGACAGAUAGAUGCAAAGUGGGGAGUCUGAAUCUAUCCCUGUCAUCCUCAUCGGUUCCCCUUGGCUAUAUACCUAGUUGGCUAUAUACCUAGUUAGCCAUAACUAAACCCUUGAUGUUAACAUGUCUUAAGGGUCUGGACAGGUAUCAGCAGUGUAGUGGCAAACCUUCUGCCGUAUUGCUUCCACUUUACAUAUCUGGGUUAGGACCAAGGGGAGGGUGGGCGAUGGACUUGGGACAUGACAGGAUGUGGAGACAUACCUACAGACAUGACAGGAUGUGGAGACAUGCCUACAGACAUGACAGGAUGUGGAGACAUACCUACAGACAUGACAGGAUGUGGAGACAUACCUACAGACAUGACAGGAUGUGGAGACAUGCCUACAGACAUGACAGGAUGUGGAGACAUACCUACAGACAUGACAGGAUGUGGAGACAUACCUACAGACAUGACAGGAUGUGGAGACAUACCUACAGACAUGACAGGAUGUGGAGACAUAUCUACAUGACAUGACAGGAUGUGGAGACAUACCUACAUGACAUGACAGGAUGUGGAGACAUAUCUACAUGACAUGACAGGAUGUGGAGACAUACCUACAGACAUGACAGGAUGUGGAGACAUACCUACAGACAUGACAGGAUGUGGAGACAUACCUACAGACAUGACAGGAUGUGGAGACAUACCUACAGACAUGACAGGAUGUGGAGACAUACCUACAGACAUGACAGGAUGUGGAGACAUACCUACAGACAUGACAGGAUGUGGAGACAUGCCUACAGACAUGACAGGAUGUGGAGACAUGCCUACAGACAUGACAGGAUGUGGAGACAUACCUACAGACAUGACAGGAUGUGGAGACAUACCUACAGACAUGACAGGAUGUGGAGACAUAUCUACAUGACAUGACAGGAUGUGGAGACAUACCUACAUGACAUGACAGGAUGUGGAGACAUAUCUACAUGACAUGACAGGAUGUGGAGACAUAUCUACAUGACAUGACAGGAUGUGGAGACAUACCUACAGACAUGACAGGAUGUGGAGACAUACCUACAGACAUGACAGGAUGUGGAGACAUACCUACAGACAUGACAGGAUGUGGAGACAUACCUACAGACAUGACAGGAUGUGGAGACAUACCUACAGACAUGACAGGAUGUGGAGACAUACCUACAGACAUGACAGGAUGUGGAGACAUACCUACAGACAUGACAGGAUGUGGAGACAUACCUACAGACAUGACAGGAUGUGGAGACAUACCUACAGACAUGACAGGAUGUGGAGACAUACCUACAGACAUGACAGGAUGUGGAGACAUACCUACAGACAUGACAGGAUGUGGAGACAUAUCUACAUGACAUGACAGGAUGUGGAGACAUACCUACAUGACAUGACAGGAUGUGGAGACAUACCUACAGACAUGACAGGAUGUGGAGACAUAUCUACAUGACAUGACAGGAUGUGGAGACAUAUCUACAUGACAUGACAGGAUGUGGAGACAUACCUACAGACAUGACAGGAUGUGGAGACAUCUACAUGACACGACAGGAUGUGGAGACAUACCUACAGACAUGACAGGAUGUGGAGACAUACCUACAGACAUGACAGGAUGUGGAGACAUACCUACAGACAUGACAGGAUGUGGAGACAUACCUACAGACAUGACAGGAUGUGGAGACAUACCUACAGACAUGACAGGAUGUGGAGACAUACCUACAUGACAAUGGUUUCCUAUCCAAGAUCAAACUAUUGUCUGUCUAUAGCUAUCUUGUCUGUAAGUAGUAUUGGUCUUUCCCAGAUGAUUGAUUUUACAGGCAACAGAAAGAGAAGAUAGUUGACUACUAUUGUCAUGACUUAUUGUCUUAUUCUCCCCCUAUAGGGCGACCACAUUGUAUGACAAGCCACCUGCUAUCUUCAAGGAGACUCCAGUGGAUCUACAGCACCAGCUGUUCAUGAGGCUGGCCAAGACUAACCCUCAGUUCCAGGUCUGGUGAGUCUAGUGUAGUCUGUUGAUGAGGCUGGCCAAGACAUAGAUAACUAAAGUUAUCCUCUUGGUUCCUGGAGGAACAUAGGGCCUGUACUAAAGUUAUCCUCUUGGUUCCUGGAGGAACAUAGGGCCUGUACUAAAGUUAUCCUCUCGGUUCCUGGAGGAACAUAGGGCCUGUACUAAAGUUAUCCUCUUGGAUCCUGGAGGAACAUAGGGCCUGUACUAAAGUUAUCCUCUUGGUUCCUGGAGGAACAUAGGGCCUGUACUAAAGUUAUCCUCUUGGUUCCUGGAGGAACAUAGGGCCUGUACUAAAGUUAUCCUCUUGGUUCCUGGAGGACCAUAGGGCCUGUACUAAAGUUAUCCUCUUGGUUCCUGGAGGAACAUAGGGCCUGUACUAAAGUUAUCCUCUUGGUUCCUGGAGGAACAUAGGGCCUGUACUAAAGUUAUCCUCUUGGUUCCUGGAGGAACAUAGGGCCUGUACUAAAGUUAUCCUCUCGGUUCCUGGAGUAACAUAGGGCCUGUACUAAAGUUAUCCUCUUGGUUCCUGGAGGAACAUAGGGCCUGUACUAAAGUUAUCCUCUUGGUUCCUGGAGGAACAUAGGGCCUGUACUAAAGUUAUCCUCUUGGUUCCUGGAGGAACAUAGGGCCUGUACUAAAGUGAUCCUCUCGGUUCCUGGAGGAACAUAGGGCCUGUACUAAAGUGAUCCAACAUUGCCGGUCUUGGGCUGCUUUCUUUGCCUUUUGACAGUAUAAGGAGCAGUUAUUAUAAUGUUAUUACACUAUCAAAUACAUUUAACAGACAUGUAAUAACACAUUUCAUAACCGCUGUGUAUCUGUUACAUUGGAGAGAGAAAGAACUAUCAUAAAAAUAUAUAUUACACUAUCAUAGACAUGUCAUAACACGUUAUAACACAGGUUAUAUAACCACUGUGUGUCUGUUACAGUGGUGAGCCCCCUGGUGGUGAGACAGAGAGGACAGUGUUUACAGGUCGUGACCCAAGUGACCUUUCUGUGACCUUGACCUCUGGUCGACCUGCCCUACUGAUCAGCAGCACCAGCUGGACCGGUCAGUACCCUACAGACAGAGGGUUCGUCCCAAAUGGCACCCUAUAGGCUCUGGUCAAAAGUAGUGCACUUUAUAUAGGGAAUAGGGUGCAAUUUCAGAAGCACCAGGAGACUCUGCAUUUUGUCAGUUUAAAUUGAAAAGCUUUUCUGGAUUUUUUCCUAUCUUAAUUGUUUUUCUUACCUCGAGAGAAGUUCUAGCCUCGUCCAACCAUCCUGAUCUCGCGAGCUUACAUUCUGUUUGGUGUCAGGUCAGGAUGAGGAUCAGACUAGAGCCAGCUUACAUUCUGUUUGGUGUCAGGUCAGGAUGAGGAUCAGACUAGAGCCAGCUUACAUUAUGUUUGGUGUCAGGUCAGGAUGGGGAUCAGACUAGAGCCAGCUUACAUUCUGUUGGGUGUCAGGUCAGGAUGGGGAUCAGACUAGAGCCAGCUUACAUUCUGUUUGGUGUCAGGUCAGGAUGGGGAUCAGACUAGAGCCAGCUUACAUUCUGUUUGGUGUCAGGUCAGGAUGGGGAUCAGACUAGAGCCAGCUUACAUUCUGUUUGGAGUCAGGUCAGGAUGGGGAUCAGACUAGAGCCAGCUUACAUUCUGUUUGGUGUCAGGUCAGGAUGGGGAUCAGACUAGAGCCAGCUUACAUUCUGUUUGGUGUCAGGUCAGGAUGGGGAUCAGACUAGAGCCAGCUUACAUUCUGUUUGGUGUCAGGUCAGGAUGGGGAUCAGACUAGAGCCAGCUUACAUUCUGUUUGGAGUCAGGUCAGGAUGAGGAUCAGACUAGAGCCAGCUUACAUUCUGUUGGGUGUCAGGUCAGGAUGAGGAUCAGACUAGAGCCAGCCUACAUUCUGUUUGGAGUCAGGUCAGGAUGGGGAUCAGACUAGAGCCAGCUUACAUUCUGUUGGGUGUCAGGUCAGGAUGAGGAUCAGACUAGAGCCAGCUUACAUUCUGUUUGGAGUCAGGUCAGGAUGGGGAUCAGACUAGAGCCAGCUUACAUUCUGUUUGGUGUCAGGUCAGGAUGGGGAUCAGACUAGAGCCAGCUUACAUUCUGUUUGGUGUCAGGUCAGGAUGGGGAUCAGACUAGAGCCAGCUUACAUUCUGUUGGGUGUCAGGUCAGGAUGAGGAUCAGACUAGAGCCAGCUUACAUUCUGUUGGGUGUCAGGUCAGGAUGAGGAUCAGACUAGAGCCAGCUUACAUUCUGUUGGGUGUCAGGUCAGGAUGGGAUCAGACUAGAGCCAGCUUACAUUCUGUUUGGUGUCAGGUCAGGAUGGGGAUCAGACUGUAGGUUUUCUGUGUUGGACAUAAAAUACAAUCCUGGCUCUAUCUGGUUAAUUGCCAUGUGUACAACGUAAGUACAUACAGUUGUCAGGUGUAAAUACUUGUUAGGGUCUCUCACUGUUUCACCUAUCUGUGUCCAACAGAGGAUGAGGACUUCUCCAUUCUGCUGAAGGCUCUGGAAGGUAAUCAUUAUCAUCUGCAGUUGGGCCCCAUCUGUCCUUCUUUGAAGUCAUCAUGUCUAAUCAGUGAUUAUAAUUCACCUGUCUAGUCAUUCCUAAUUAGAAUCAAUCAUGUCUAAUCAGUGAUUAUAAGGAAGUGAGGAAGGAAGGGUACACUUUAAAAGACCUCUCAGUGGUGUCCUCUUAGGGCCCAUUGGGCUCUGGUUAAAAGUAGUGCACUACAAAGGGAAUAGGGCAGUGGUGUAAAGUACUUAGGUAAAAAUACUUUAAAGUACUACUUAAGUUGUUUUUUGGGGUAUCUGUACUUUACUAUUUAUAUUUUUGACUACUUUCACUUAAUUACAUUCCUAAAGAAAAUAUUGUACGUUUUACUCCAUACACCCAAAGUACUCCUUACAUUUUGAAUGCUUAGCAGAACAGGAAAAUUGUGAAAUUCACGCACUUAUCAAAAGUUACUUGAGUAACUUUCUAUUAAGAUUUCUAUACUUUUACUAAAGUAUGACAAUUGGGUACUUUUUCUACCACUGGCUAUAUUAGGGUGUGUUUGGGAGACAAGCCCUUGUAUUAACCUGGUGUGUUUUCUCUACCAGACUACGAGGGGUUUGUGAAAGCAGGAGCUUCUCUUCCCUCGCUGGUCUGUGUCAUCACAGGUAACUAUAGUGUUGACAGUGUCCUGCUGCUGGUCUGUGUGGUCUAGGCAGGAUUACUGUAAAGCGCUUUUACAUGCUGCGUCUGAUUUGGUCUUUUGACCAAUCAGAUCAGAUCUUUUGCCAAUAAUUAGGCAAAAUAUCAGAAUUGGGCUGCCUGUGUAAACGCAGCCUUUGCGUCAAAGGCUGAUGUAAAAAGGGCUUUAUGAAUACAUGUGAUUUGAUUGAGAAGCCUCACAAAAAAUUACAUUGUCAACUAACCUAUUGUUGCUAGAUUAAACCAACUGAGAAAAACCUUUACAAGCCCUGUCAGUCCUAUACUGUUAACCCUAGAGAACGUAUUGUUUCAAUUCCCUGGGGGUGUGUGUGUGUGACCAGGUAAGGGUCCGCAGAAGGACCACUACAGGAAGCUGAUAGACACUCUCAGCUUUGAGCAUGUGAAGAUCUGUACUCCAUGGCUGGAGGCGGAGGACUACCCUGUUCUGCUAGGUUAGUAUGGUCUUCCUGUCCCACGUUCAGCAGAUCUGUGUGUGUAUUUGUGUGUGUGUACUGAUGUUCUCCCUGUCCCAGGAUCAGCAGAUCUGGGGGUGUGUCUCCAUAAGUCGUCCAGUGGUCUGGACCUGCCUAUGAAGGUGGUGGACAUGUUUGGCUGCUGUCUGCCUGUCUGUGCCAUCCACUUCCUCUGGUGAGACAGGACUCUUAACAGUCAUCUUCUAACACACACACUGUGUGUGCCAUCCACUUCCUCUGGUGAGGGAAUAGUCUAAACCCUGGCUCAACAGUCACCUGUUACCACCGUGCAGAGGCUUUGUGCUGAUCUGAUCUGUUUGACUUUCCUGUGCUGUUUUCACUAUGUAUCGAACUCUGUUAUAUUCUCCUGUGUUGUCAGUCUCUCUGUUGUUAACUCUGUUAUAUUCUCCUGUGUUGUCAGUCUCUCUGUUGUUAACGCUGUUAUAUUCUCCUGUGUUGUCAGUCUCUGUUGUUAAACCUGUUCUAUUCUCUGCUGUAGUCUACAUGAGCUGGUGAAGCAUGAGGAGAACGGCCUGAUCUUCAAAGACUCUCAGGAACUAGCUGAACAGCUCAAGGUACAGUAGAGUAAUAUAAUACUAUUUAGCAGACAGCGAGAGGCUGAGGAGCUAGAUACCUGCUACUCUACCCUUGAUUUAUACCAUGAGAUCACUUGAGUCGAAAGAAUUGACAAUGUUUCCCAGUGGUAUGAUCCUGUAAAGUGGAAUCUUUUCUAAAAUAUAUUCUGUUUUAUCUGACUGGAACCUGUUCCUGUGAUAGUAGUAUAUCGUCUGAUAUACACAUGGCUGGAAUGCUGUUUUAGCCAGGAUCCAAUAUACCCGUUUUAUAAAACCUGUUCAUGUCCCUAUGUUGUGUCUUGCCAGUCUCUGCUGUGGGACUUCCCUGGCUGUGAGGAGGAGGGCAGACUGGGUCAGUUCAGGAGGAACCUCCGGGCCAGUGGAGGGCAGCGGUGGGACCAGAACUGGGACCAGAACGUCCUGCCUCUCCUCACUGGACCCUGACCCCUGUUAGACAGACCUCGCUACAUCAUCUCUCUCUGUCUCUAACCCCCUUCUUGAGCCUCCAAUCUUGAACAUUUUAGUCAUUUAGCA